AUGGCACCGUCUCCCAGCUUACCAGUAGAAAUCAUAGAGAAAAUUAUCAACGGCUUGCAAGAUUGCUCUGCCUCCAUGCCUGGCGACCCAACGAAUAGCGGUGACGGACGUUUUUUAACCCAAGCAUCAAUUAGAAACCUUCUUACCUUAAGAUUAAUUUCAAAAUCAUGGGCAGCUAUCAUACCAAAAUUUGUUUAUUCAACUCUUUACUUGAGAACUCCCUGGGUUAAUCACUACGUUAAGAGGAUGUGGCGACGUGACAUAGCUUUAUCAGAUCUUUCCAACCUACGCCACCUCUCCUUUGAUCAACUUAUCACGCUCACGCGUUUCUGUCGAGAAGCGGGAAAGCAGAUCAAAUUGUUAGAAUAUGUACCAACGAACUUUGCACAACACCCAAUUCCAAUAUUGCUGACGCUCCAAAAUCAACUAAGGGGGCUCUUCAUCAAGAGUAUCCCGGAUGAACUUCCUCGGUAUAUCAUUGAGAUGUCAUUUCCCCAAUUAUGGAUCUUACGCUUUAUGCCAAUCCUUUCCCCAGGCAAAGGUCCUACGUGGCUAGGAAAGCCUUUUUUUCAGACUAUCAGAGUUUUCAUCACGAGCUAUAUCCUUACGAGAGACUUUUGGCAUGACUUGCUCAGUGGGGAUGACGCAUCUAAGUUAGCAAAGGCGGUCAACUUGAGAUCUAUUGUUUUUAUUACUCCGGAGGGGAGCGACUUGAUAGACAUGGAUUUAUUAAGUUUGUUUGCUGCUCAAGGAAUUACAUGUCUAUUCAAAGGAAACAUAUAUUACAACGAGGUACUGAGUUAUGCCGACAGUUUCAAGAGUGUGGACUCAAAUAUUCUUGAAAGGUGGUAG